UCUCUGGAUUUGAAUCCAGAUGGGACUUCAUCACGACAGAAACGUAACCAGCAGCAAUCCAGGAGGGGUUGGAACAGAGAGAACCACAACCGUAACUGGAGUGGUUCUAAUAAUUACGGCCCAGCACCACAGCAGCAGCAAGGCCAUUUUCACCAUGGGGUCAAACAAUCUCAUGUCCAUGACAAUUUAACUCUCCCUGUAAAUUUCCAUCCUCCUCCCUACCACCAAGAGGAUGUACCAAGGGGUCGAAGAAGAGGAGGGGGUAACGGAGGUGGUGGGGGAGGGGGCCGAGGCUCAAUGGGCCAGCCUCCAAGGUGGAAUAGGCCUGGGGUUGACACUGGAACUGGCCCCCCUGCCUUACCCGGGGGCCACCAUGGACUGCUUGGUGGUGGUGGAGGCAACAGGCCUGGAACACCCCCCAUAGACGGGCCUAGCUGGCGUCGACGAGACCCUGGCGGCCUGGGUGAAGAGGUAGGGCCUGCCCACGAAGACCACCAGGACACCUCCCCUGAAAAGCCCAGAUGGUUCAGCCAGGAGCCGCGGAGAGAAGAGAGAGGGGAAAGGAGCGCUAAAGGACCUCCUCACUCUCUGGAAAAGCAGGAGAACCAGGAAAACCAUUCUACAGGAGGAGGAGGCUGGGAACCUGCUGAGCCCAGAGAAGAAACACGACCAUCAGAAAUGGGGGCCAGAAACCGGAAAGGCGGGAGAGCCGAGGAAAGGAACCGCCACGUCGACGCUCAAAAGAAAUUCCCCGAGCCCAAGCGACGCCAGGGGCCUAUCAAAGUAUAUCCCCAGGAGAGGAAGGACCCUGAGAGGGGAGCCAGAGACACCCCCUCUGGCCAUCGUGACAAACCGGGCUCCAGCACUGAAGAAGAGCCCAGCUGGAGGGGUCAGGGGAGAGGCCAGGGGAGACGCACCCCCCUGCAGGACAGAGGCCAGAGGAGAACACCUAACUCAGACCACAGGCCUGGACAGAAGAGGUGGGACAACGUGCCCAUCAAGAGCAAGGAGACUCAGACAGGUGAGAGGACAAAGUUUCAUGGCUUUUCAAUAAGUCCCACAGUAAAAAAAUUAAAAAUAACGCCAAGCUAAAGAAAAUCUGAAAACAUUUUUGAUUGGAUCUGUCAUUUGUAAAUGAGUUUGUUCUGAGAGUAGUUAUCAUGUUCAUAUUGUGUUCCAAAUGGCACCCUAUACAUGAUGCACUACUAUGGUCCCUGGUCAAAAAUAGUUCACUAUAUAGGGAAUAGGGUGCCAUUUGAGAAGAUACCAUCGUUUGGUCUAGUUACUCUCUCCUCCAUAUCUGUCCAGGUUGCCUGAUCGAGCAGCUGUCUGAGGAGAAGUAUGAGUGCAUGGUGUGCUGUGAGGUGAUCAGAGUCAUGGCUCCAGUCUGGAGCUGCCACAGCUGCUUCCAUGUCUUCCAUCUCAACUGCAUCAAGAAGUGGGCCCGCUCCCCAGCCUCACAGGCAGAUGGUAGGCCUGACACACACAGACGAUUCGGCACUGCCUAACAGUCCCUUCAGCUCUUCAUUUAUUCAUGAGUUUCAACACAAUAGUCUUCUAUAGAUGGCACAAUGCUCCCCCACACAGACAAUACAGGAGUGCAAAUUCUGCUCGACAGAUGGUACUUCUGUACAUUGAUGAUGCUACAAUAUCCACUGUGGCAAAAGUGUGAUCCCAGUGACCUUAUCUUAAUGGCAGCUAAUGUGCAGUGAUGUUACUACUGUACUAAAAAUCAAAUCAACGUUUACUGGUCACGUACACCGAUUUGCAGGUAUUAUAGCAUGUGCAGCGAAAUGCUUAUGUUACUAGCGCCAACAGUGCAGUAGAAUGUCUCACAAAUACAAUACAAGUACACAAAUAAAAACAAUCUAAUCAAGAAUUGACUGAACGAGUCCAAUUAACAAUAAAGAGUAGAUAUAUUAGAGUGAGCAUGUCAGAAUCCAGAAUAUAAAUACGUGGUGUGAUUAGACAGUAUUUGGAAAGAAAAUGGUAUGUACAGUAGUAGGUAUAUUAGGAUGAGCUAUGUUGAGAAUACAGUAUAUACAUACACAGUGAGUAAACAACAGUAUAUAAACAGAAUAUGAGGUGACCAGCGUUCAAUGACUCUAAAUACAUGGGGCAUUAGUCUCAACGUUCAGGGCAGAGUACCGGGCAGGUAGCCGGCUAGUGAUGACUGUUCAACAGUCUGAUGGCCUGCAGAUAGAAGCUGUUUUUCAGUCUCGUAGAGCUCGGACAAUAAACCGAAAAUUAUCGACACCAAUCACUUAUCGCAGGCAUUUUGCUGAUAUCGUUCAUUAAGAUAAGUAGCCUAUAAUAGAGAAAUGUGAAGCUUUAAAUGUUUGCUAAUAUGGGUGAUUGUUAAUGGGACGAUUGAUAGCUAUAAUCAUCAAACUAGUAGUGGUAGUUUAAAGGAUAGAUAAUAGCAGUGUGAACAGACCGUGGCUCGGGUGGCUGAGGUUCUUAGAGUACAACAUUACAAUCUAAGAUAUAGUGUACAAUAUUGUGACUCACCAUUUAGCUAAUGAAAUGCUAUGUAAAUUGGUAUAUGUAAUAUGCAAACUUUGCUCUCAUUUGCAGAAACAAAUGACGGGUGGAGGUGUCCGGCCUGUCAGAAUGUUGUCUUCCAACCCCCAAACAUCUACAAGUGCUUCUGUGGUAAGGGAUUAGCUAAUAGCCAAUUUUAGCCAUUAUUCCCAGACAGUAGUGCAUCCCUAGUCUUUCGCUCUCUUUGAGAUGCUUUGUGAAUUAUAACUAAUAGAAAGUUUCAUUACAAAUAAUUAUUAAUCUCAAUGACACUAACCUGGUAAAAUAAAGGUUACAUAAACAAGUAGUAGAAAUCAAUGUCCUUGUCCCGAGUUCUGGAGUUAUUUCCGUAUACUGUGUUGAAUUAUUCUGGUAUGAUUGACAGGCAAAGUGACCAACCCUGAGUUCCAGCGUAGUGAGAUCCCACACAGCUGUGGAGACAUGUGUGGGAAGAAGAGGAGCGGAGCGGACUGCAAGCACCCCUGUAACAUGUAAGCCACAACCCAAUACAUGCAGAACACACCUCAACCCACCACCACAUAACAAUCUGUUGUUCUACAACAUUAAGUCGUUAUCUUGAUUGUGUCCCCUAUGUGGUUGUGUCCAGGGCUCUAAAGUGUAACCAUUUUGGUUGCAUAUGCUCCUAAAUAUUUUUGCUGGGUGUGCACCAGUGCGCCUAGAAAAAAAUAAUUAGCCCAGAUAAUAAUUGUUGUAAUGAUUAGGCUUUGCUCUACCGUUGUUUCCGAGUGCCCUAGAGCGCAUAUAUUCGUUAGCAUCAUGGUUGUACCAUUACUACAGCUGAAACUGCUAUUUUGUAGCCCAAACAGAUGAAAAGAUAUGACCCUUUUUACCGGCACAACAUUUUUUUCUUCCUUUGGCGGUUUGGUGAGCCGCAUUUUACAUUGAAAAACCAUGUCGCGGGACGUUCUAAAACUACUUGGGGGGGGGGGGCGCAGCAUUUGUUUACACCUUGUUCAGUCAUUUUACCUCAUUAGCUAGCUAGCUAACAACCUGGUAACUUUACUAGUAGGCUAUAUCCGAACAUUUGGGGGAAAGGAAAAGGGAUAGCUUCUUAAGGAGAUCAAUGAUUAUAGUAAUGAAGGAAUGACUGAUCUCCUUCAUGUCAUCACUCACAAACUUGAUGUUUUUAAAGAGACAGUGUACAAUUUUCAAUGUAAUGCAUCUCAAUAGGUAAGUAGUGCUUUUACACAAUGUAGAAACCUAAUAUUCCACAAAUGACUUUGCGAUUUCAAUGACAGGUAUUUGUAUCAACAUUUAAGCUUUUUAUAAUAAACAAAAAUGUAUUUACAGGGUUACUUUGUAGUUUUACGGCACAACAAGUGCUUCAGAAGUACAGUAUCUGGAAUUCAUAUAGACCCAAUAUAGGCUAUCUCAAUAAAUAAAUCAAAUAUUUUCUGGUGCUUCUAAAUUUUAUAAGUUGGGAGCAUUAGUGCUACCAAUGAAAAAUGUUAAUUUAGAUCCCUGGUUGUGUCUCACCAGCUUGUGUCACCCCGGACCUUGUCCCCAGUGUCCUGCCUCUGUCACCAAAGCCUGCAUCUGCGGAAGAACCAGGUACUGUAUAUCCUACUGACCUAAUGUCUGAGUCCCAAAUGGCACCAUUUUCCCUAUAUGAUGCCCAUAGGGCUCUGGUCAAAAGUAGUGCACUAUAUAUGGCAGGGGUGGGCAAUAAUUUUGGCUUAAGGGCCACAACGAGAUUUCAAAAUUCAGCGGAGGGCUGCACAGAUUUGCGGGCCAGAAAAAGGGCAGUUAUUUGAAAACAUAUAGGUCCAUUAUCAUUUCUAAAAUAAUAACCGACUGUUAAUUUACAUGCCUUAGCUUAGGCUGCCAAAUGUGCUCAAUUUCUGUGUCACUAUUACUGAAGUAUAACAAUUGGUAUACAGUGCCUUCGGAAAGUAUUCGGACCCCUUGACUUUUUCCACUUGUUUUUACGUUACAGCCUUAUUCUAAAAUGGAUGAAAUGAAUACAAAUCCUCAGCAAUCUACAAACAAUACCCCAUAAUGACAAAGCAAAAACAGGUUUUUAGAAAUGUUUGCAAAUGUAUUAAAAACAAAAAACAGAAAUACCUUAUUUACAUAAGUAUUCAGAUCCUUUGCUAUGAGACUUGAGCUCAGGUGCGUUAUGUUUCCAUUGAUCAUCCUUGAUAUGUUUCUACAACUUGAUUGGAGUCCAGCUGUGGUAAAUUCAAUUGAUUGGACAUGAUUUGGAAAGGCACACGCCUGUCUAUAUAAGGUCCCACAGUUGACAGUGCAUGUCAGAGCAAAAACCAAGCCAUGAGGUCGAAGGAAUUGUCUGUAGAGCUCCAAGACUGGAAUGUGUCGAGGCACAGAUCUGGGGAAGGGUACAAAAACAUUUCAGCAGCAUUGAAGGUCCCCAAGAACACACUGGCCUCCAUCAUUCUUAAAUGGAAGAAGUUUAGAACCACCAAGACUCUUCCUAGACCUGGCUGCCCGGCCAAACUGAGCAAUCGGGGGAGAAGGGCCUUGGUCAGGGAGGUGACCAAGAACCUGAUGGUCACUCUGACAGAGCUCCAGAGUUCCUCUGUGGAGAUGGGAGAACCUUCCAGAAGGACAACCGUCUCUGCAGCACUCCACUAAUCAGGCCUUUAUGUUAGUGGCCAGACGGAAGCCACUCCUCAGUAAAAGGCACAUGACAGCCCGCUUGGAGUUUGCCAAAAGUCACCUAAAGACUCUCAGACCAUGAGAAACAAGAUUCUCUGGUCUGAUGAAACCAAGAUUGAACUCUUUGCCCUGAAUUCCAAGCGUCACGUCUGGAGGAAACCUGGCACCAUCCCUACGGUGAAGCAUGGUGGUGGCAGCACGUGCUGUGGGAAUGUUUUUCAGCGGCAUGGACUGGGAGACUAGUUAGGAUCAAGGGAAAGUUGAACGGAGCAAAGUACAGAGAAAUCCUUGAUGAAAACCUGCUCCAGAGCGCUCAGGACCUCAGACUGGGGUGAAGGUUCACUUUCCAACUGGACAACGACCCUAAGCACACAGCCAAGACAACGCAGGUGUGGGUUCGUGACAAGUCUCUGAAUGUCCUUGAGUGGCCCGGACUUGAACCCGAUCUACCAUCUCUGGAGAGACCUGAAAAUAGCUGUGCAGCAACGCUCCCCAUCCAACCUGACAGAGCUUGAGAGGAUCUGCAGAGAAGAAUGGGAGAAACUCCCCAAAUACAGGUGUGCCAAGCAUGUAGCGCAGGGUUCUUCAAUUCCGGUCCUGGAGGGCCGAAACACCUCUGUUUUUCAUCCUCUCCUUCUAAUCAGGGGCUAAUUCAGACCUGGGACACCAGGUGAGUGCAAUUAACUACCAGGUAGAAAUAAAAAACAGAAGUGUUUCGGCCCUCCAGGACCGGAAUUGAAGAACCCUGAUGUAGCAUCAUACCCAAGAAGACUCAAGGCUGUAAUCACUGCCAAAGGUGCUUCAACAAAGUACUGAGUAAAGGGUCUGAAUACUUUCCGAAGGUACUGUAAGAAAAACCCUGAGCCCCCUUCCACUCACGGUAAAAUACUUCCAUAUUUCUCUCUGCAGUCAGCCAAUGCGGUGUGGCCAGGCCACUGCCAUUCACUGUGACAAGCAGUGUGAAGCCAUCCUCAACUGUUCGGAACACACCUGUAUCCAGGUGUGCCACAGCGGACUGUGCCAGCCUUGCCCGCUACAGGUCAAGCAAGGUGAGAUACUCAGUCCCAAUAUAUCUUAUUACUGGGCCAGGAGUUCUCCCUGACCAUGUGAUUUGACCAAGAACGUUUCUGUCCUUAACAGUAAAAUGGCAUUCCUUGACAAUAAUGAGGAACUCCGUGAUAAGUAAUGAUGGCUAAUGGUUUUAGCCACUGUGAUGGAUUUCACUCUAAUGCAUUCUGGUGUUUUUGUCUCAUCUGUUGUUUCCUGCUGUUGCAGUGUGCUACUGCGGUGUUGUCUCUCGGGAGGUACUCUGUGGGACGGAUAAAGACAACUUUGACGGCUCAGGACACUUCUCCUGUCAGAAAGCAUGUGGCAAGUAAGUUCUAACCAGCAGCUUCAGAUUAAUAGGAAAAUACAAUUAGUUUUCUCCUGUGAGAAUAAUAUUAUAGAUAUAGAUUAUCUAUUGCAUCUUAUUCAUAGAUUUACUUGUUAUUGAUUUGUGAUAUGUCCCCCCCCCCCCCCCCCCCUUAGGAUGUUGGACUGUGAGGCCCACCAGUGCCAGCAGGUGUGCCACCCUGGGCCGUGCCUGCCGUGCCCGCGCUCCCCCAGGCUGGUGAGGAGCUGCCCCUGUGGGCAGACGGCCCUGGCCAAGCUCCUGGAGCUGGGCUACCCCGAACGCCGCAGCUGCUCCGACCCCAUCCCCUCCUGUGGCAAGACCUGCAGCAAGCCUCUGCCCUGCGGCUCCAAUGGUAACACAAGACACUGUGUCCACAUGUAUAGUGUCUCUAUGGGAUUCAAAUGUGUUGACUUGUUCUCCACUUCAUUCCAGAGACCAUCCAUAUCUGUGAGAAGCUGUGCCAUGAGGGCAGCUGUGGUCCCUGCUCGCUCACCUCCACCAUCAAAUGCAAAUGCGGCUCUAAGACCAAGGUUAGUCCUCAAAAACAAGGACCUAUGGUGUUUGUAUCAUGCUUGUAUCUUGAGUGCAAAUCUUCAAAUGUAAUGUUCUGUAUAGACUGCGCACCGUUGUAAAUGGAGGUGUAAUUCUGUUCUACCAAAGAGCACCACUGAAGACUAGCUCUUUGUUUUUAGGAUGUUCCCUGUGCAGCUAUCCAGAAUGAAGGUGAGAUUUUGAUCAUUCUUUGAGGGGGUAUAGCUACUGUACUUCAUAAAAGUAGAUCUGUCCUGUACUAUACGGUCCUGUACAUUCCUGUACUGUACGUUCCUGUACUUAACUCUUCUCUUAAAUCUCGUUCCUUUCCUCCCAAUUCGAGAUGAACUGAUUUUUACCUGUGAGAAGCGCUGCCUCAAAAAACGCUCCUGUGGCCGGCACAAAUGUGGCGAGCUGUGCUGUGUGGUGAGUAACCGAAAGGUGUUCGUGCGCACGUUCGUGUGUGUCACCCAGUUAUGAAAGGACACAGUCAGUAGGUAAAGCCACAAGUCAUACUCUAAUUAGCUGAACUGGUGUCUCACUGACAUACAGUGGGGAAAAAAAGUAUUUAGUCAGCCACCAAUUGUGCAAGUUCUCCCACUUAAAAAGAUGAGAGAGGCCUGCAAUUUUCAUCAUAGGUACACGUCAACUAUGACAGACAAAUUGAGGAAAAAAAUUCCAGAAAAUCACAUUGUAGGAUUUUUAAUGAAUUUAUUUGCAAAUUAUGGUGGAAAAUAAGUAUUUGGUCACCUACAAACAAGCAAGAUUUCUGUCUCUCACAGACCUGUAACUUCUUCUUUAAGAGGCUCCUCUGUCCUCCACUCGUUACCUGUAUUAAUGGCACCUGUUUGAACUUGUUAUCAGUAUAAAAUACACUUGCCCACAAGCUCAAACAGUCACACUCCAAACUCCACUAUGGCCAAGACCAAAGAGCUGUCAAAGGACACCAGAAACAAUAUUGUAGACUUGCACCAGGCUGGGAAGACUGAAUCUGCAAUAAGUAAGCAGCUUGGUUUGAAGAAAUCAACUGUGGGAGCAAUUAUUAGGAAAUGGAAGGCAUACAAGAUCACUGAUAAUCUCCCUCGAUCUGGGGCUCCACGAAAGAUCUCACCCCGUGGGGUCAAAAUAAUCACAAGACCGGUGAGCAAAAAUCCCAGAACCACACGGGGGGACCUAGUGAAUGACCUGCAGAGAGCUGGGACAUAAGUAACAAAGCCUACCAUCAGUAACACACUACGCCGCCAGGGACUUAAAUCCUGCAAUGCCAGACGUGUCCCCCUGCUUAAGCCAGUACAUGUCCAGGCCCGUCUGAAGUUUGCUAGAGUGCAUUUGGAUGAUCCAGAAAGGAUUGGGAGAAUGUCAUAUGGUCAGAUGAAACCAAAAUAUAACUUUUUGGUAAAAACUCAACUCGUCGUGUUUGGAGGACAAAGAAUGCUGAGUUGCAUCCAAAGAACACCAUACCUACUGUGAAGCAUGGGGGUGGAAACAUCAUGCUUUGUGGCUGUUUUUCUGCAAAGGGACCAGGACGACUGAUUCGUGUAAAGGAAAGAAUGAAUGGGGCCAUGUAUCGUGAGAUUAUGAGUGAAAACCUCCUUCCAUCAGCAAGGGCAUUGAAGAUGAAACGUGGCUGGGCCUUUCAGUAUGACAAUGAUCCCAAACACACCGCCCGGGCAACGAAGGAAGAAGCAUUUCAAGGUCCUGGAAUGGCCUAGCCAGUCUCCAGAUCUCAACCCCAUAGAAAAUAUUUGGAGGGAGUUGAAAGUCCGUGUUGGCCAGCGACAGCCCCAAAACAUCACUGCUCUAGAGGAGAUCUGCAUGGAGGAAUGGGCCAAAAUACCAGCAACAGUGUGUGAAAACCUUGUGAAGACUUACAGAAAACGUUUGACCUGUGUCAUUGCCAACAAAGGGUAUAUAACAAAGUAUUGAGAAACUUUUGUUAUUCACCAAAUACUUAUUUUCCACCAUAAUUUGCAAAUAAAUUCAUUAAAAAUCAUACAAUGUGAUUUUCUGGAUUUUCUUUCCUCAUUUUGUCUGUCAUAGUUGACGUGUACCUAUGAUGAAAAUUACAGGCCUCUCUCAUCUUUUUAAGUGGGAGAACUUGCACAAUUGGUGGCUGACUAAAUACUUUUUUUCCCCACUGUAUGUCCCCCUUUACCUACUAUCUAACUAGUGUCACACUGACAUAUGUCCCCCCCACCCCCUAGGGCGCGGAACACAAGUGCUCUCUGAUCUGUGGCUACAAGCUCAACUGUGGCCUCCACCGCUGCCAAGAGCUCUGUCACCGUGGGAACUGCCAACCCUGCUGGCAAACCAGUGAGUUCCAAUCAGAGGUCCCAGUGCUGCUCCCAGUGGCACUGCCAACACAGAUGUUCACAUGCCAGCAGAUGCCAAAGUCAAUUGACUCAUUUUACCCGGUCUUUGGGAUUCUUUGUAGUUCAAAUGUUCCUUAUCUUACCUUGCUUAAGUCUAGAGCACUUCCUAGGAAGGCCAUUUACUAUACCAGCGGACUGUGAAUCAUAACUUCCACUUCAGUCAAAUGUUCACUUACUGUAGUCUCCUAUUGACAUCCAACGUGUUAAUUGUCGUGAUACAGUAUGUUAUUGCUUGAUCUUUGAGAUCACAUGGCCCCAGUCGCAAAGUCACACCCCCCAAAAAAAAAAAAAAAAGAACAUCACACCCCAAACAUACUGUAGGUUCUCAUAGGCCACGUCCCUCUGAGUCUCUGCCUGUUUCCUGUAUGUAGGUUUUGAUGAGCUGGCCUGCCACUGUGGGAUGAGUAUCCUGUUCCCACCCAUCGCCUGUGGCACCAAGCCCCCAGAGUGUAAGAACCUGUGUACCAGGAGACACGAGUGUGACCACCCAGGUAAAACCCUGCAGUAGUGACUACUGCUUUUUCACUUAGUUACCUCUUUGUUUCAAAUAUGCUGUAUUAGAGAGCAGAAAUAUAAAUGCAUAUACAUGUACAUUUAGGAAUCAUCAUUCAUAUGCCAUCUAUUUUACUGUCUCUGUCUUUGACAAAACUGUCUGCAAAAGUUUAUUCCUCAUUGGUUCAUACUUUCUGAUGUUUGUCCUCAGUGUUCCACAACUGCCACAGUGAAGAGAAGUGCCCACCCUGUACCUACCUCACUCAGAAGUGGUGCAUGGGAAAGCAUGAGGUAACGUUGCUGAUGUUAGCUGCCUCUACCUAACCUUCAAACCUUCACCCCUUUAAAGGCAUACGGUGCAUCCCAAAUGGAACCCUGUUCCCUACUGGCCCUGGUCAAAAGUAGUGCACUAUAUAGGGUGCCAUUUGGGACGCGUCCAUAGUCACGACACUUCCACUAAAGCCGUCCCCUCUUCUCCUGCCCCCUGCAGCAAAGGAGCAACAUCCCGUGCCACCUUCAGGACAUCUCCUGUGGCCUGACCUGCAACAGGGUGCUGCUGUGUGACCUCCACCGCUGCCGCCGCAUCUGCCACCGGGCAGAGUGUCUGGCCGAGGGCGUCUGCAGCCAGCCCUGCCUGCUGCCCCGGCCCGACUGUGGCCACCCCUGCAACGCCCCUUGCCACAAGGGCAGCAGCUGCCCGCGGAGCACCUGCACUGCCAAGGUACAGAAAAUGAGAUGUUCAACCAUCUGACUCAAGGGAUUUAAAAAGAAAAAGGCUUAAUAAAUGAAAUAUAUGUUGACCCUGUGCCAUAGAGAGACUGCACUACAUCUAGGGUGACAUUCUGACAGUAAACAUGGAGAUUUUCCACAAAAUGACCGUAACUCUUCAAAUACUGGGCACAUGGAUCAGACAUGGAGAUGGAAUACAGGCAGCAUUGUUGGACAGCAGCAGAAGUCUUCUUGUGGCCAGGGUUUGUGUGAGUUUCCACCUCUGUCCCACAGGUGGCCCUACAGUGUGACUGCGGUCGGAGAAAGGAAACGGUAGUGUGCACGGAGGCAGCCAGCGCCCAUCAGAGGUCGGUGUGCGUGCCUGUGCAGUAGAAUCAAUGGUUUUUAGAUCUAUCUUGAAUGCGUGCACUAAACCAGAGUUUGCUGUUAUUCCACCUGACAUUUUCAGAACUUGACUGUGUGUGGUGUCAGACCGGGUAUAACUGUAGCAAUGUACUGUAGGUAUGCAGCCAUUGCCAUGGCCAGUAAGCUGUCUGACAUGCAGCUGGGUGACUCUGUAGACAUCGGUCUCAUCACUAAGAAGGAGAUGAAACAGACCAAGUAAGAUGGGACCAAACCUGACUCCAAGCUUACAGCAUACAACACUUACAGUAAAUCACCUUGUACUAAAUAUGAGUGUGCCAUAUCCAACUUAUUUUUUUGUGUGUUCUGGCUCAGGUUGGAGUGUGACGAGGGUUGUGCUGCACUGGAAAGGAACAGGUCAGUUGUUACACUGCUAUUACACAUGCACACACUUGAUAUUUGUAGCUCUCGUGACAUUUAAUAUGCACAGCUUUAGGCUGUCAAAUUGAUUUGUUUCCUUCAAUGUACUGUCAACUUGAGAGCCUUCUCCUGUCUUGAGAGACUGUAAUCUUUAGAUCUGUGGACCUUUGUCUGCCCGUGUUUUAUGACCUGGCUGUGUGUGUCUGUGUCCUGACAGGCGAUUGGCUGAGGCCUUGCAGAUUGACCCGUCAGUGAACCCCUUCAACAUGCGCUCUUCCUCCUCAACAUACAGUGACAGCCUCAGAGUUGAUGCCAGGUGGUGUACCAAUACAUAGAGUAUUUUCUCUGCAUGCCAAGGUCUGACUUCACCACAAUGACUACUGAAAAAGUUCUCAAAUAUAUAUAUAUGUGCAUGUUGUUGUGGUGCUUAUAUUUCCCAAUUGAAGGCGGAUUUAUGGCGCUGAUGUACUUCGAGCCAAGACCGGUGUCCUUUUUGAGACAUGUUUUCACAUUUUCAUUGAUGGAUAAUAUUUACCACGAUCACGUCAUUUCUGUAUUUUUCACAUUUUAGAAAAGAUUUUAAGUUUGUCAGCGAGGUAGAAGAGGAGAUCAAGAAUCUGGUUGAGCUCGCCAGCAAGGUAAGGGACCAAUAGACAUGAUCUGUGGCCCAAAUGGGACCCUAUUUCCUAUAAUAAUAGUGCACUACAUUUGACCAGAGCCCAAUGUGGGAAUAGGGUGCCAUUUUGCACGCAGACAGUGAUUUUCACACAGAAUUACACAGAUCAUCAAAAAUGUCUACAGCUGCACCAUCAAGAGCAUCCUGAACGGUUGCAUCACCGCCUGAUAUGGAAACUGCUCGGCAUCCGACCGUAAGGCGCUACAGAGGGUAGUGCGUACGGCCCAGUACAUCACUGGGGCCAAGCUUCCUGCCAUCCAGGUCCUCUAUACUAGGCGGUGUCAGAGGAAGGCCCAAAGAAUUGUCAAAGACUCCAGUCACCCAAGUCAUAGACUGUUCUCUCUGUUACCGCACGGCAAGCGGGACCAGAGCACCAAGUCUAGGUACAAAAGGCUCCUUAGCAGCUUCUACCCCCAAGCCAUAAGACCGCUGAACAAUUAAUCAAAUGGCUACCUGGAUUAUUUGCAUAUUUUUCUUUACAAUGCUGCUACUUGCGGUUUAUUAUCUAUGCAUAGUCACUUUACACCUACUACCUAAAUGUACAUAUUACCUCAAUUACCUUGACUAACCUGUACCCCCACACAUUGACUCUGUACCGGUACCCCCUGUAUAUAGCCUCGUUAUUAUUUUGUUACUUUUUUUAACUUUAGUUUAUUUAGUAAAUAUUUUCUUAACUUAUUUUCUUAACUGCAUUGUUGGUUAAGGGCUUGUAAGUAAGCAUUUCACGGUAAGGGCUAUACCUGUUGUAUUCGGCGCAUGUGACGAAUAAGAUUUGAUUUGACCUUCGAAAAGGACAGGUAUAGGAAAUGUCACCCACGUCUUAAACGGAGAACCAAUGUGUAUUAAGAGCAUUACCUAAGAGCAGUUAGAUGUAAUGGGGCUAGAUUGGAACGCAUAAUGCAGGGCCAGCAUUUCCCUAUACAUGAUUGGGUUUCCCUAAACCACUACCAGUUUACCAGAGGUCCUUCAGUUUGCAAUGAGACUGAAUUUGGCUAAAAGGUUCUGGUCCACUUAGUUGAAGGAGUGCUGGAAAGGCUUGAAACACAUUUGAAUGUCCUUGGUUAUUAUGAUGGGUAUUGAUAAUAUCCACGAUGGGUUCUAUUUGUCGUCAGUUAUCCCUUUUGGUUCUGAAAACAUUCGAAAAAGACUACUUUAGUCAGCAUAACGUCAAGUGAAUCGGCUCCGGUAGCUUGCAAUGUUUAGGACAAAAUGUCAUGAACUGAGUGGAAAUGCAAAUGUAUUUAUUUAAACCUUAAAUGGGUAAUUCGGAACUAUCUUUCGUAGUGGAAACAUGAAGUCUGUUAAGGGACUGUGUGUGGAACCCGUUUGCAGGGUAAACAGUCCAAAAGGAGCCACUGCUUCCCCCCCAUGAACAGGGAGCACAGGAAGCUGGUCCACGAGCUGGCGGAGGCCUACAACGUGGAGAGUGUGAGCUACGACAGCGAGCCCAAACGCAACAUAGUCAUCACCGCCAUCAGGUAAACACCUCGACAGGAAAACGUUUCUUUAGUAAGGCAAGUUACACUCCACCUCAAAAUAGACACAUUUCUGUUAACUUGAAAAGACUACAUAAUUACUGUCUGUGCAACAGUAUCAGCUGGGUAUAUUUUGUAUCAAUAGAUGUGUAUUGUGAACAACUGACAAAAUGUGUGAAGUCUGGCAUUCUGAGGAUGUGCAGUAACUUUGUGCUUCUUGCUGUGCGCAGGGGGAAGUCUGCCUGUCCUAACUCAACCCUGACCUCCCUGAUAGAGAGAGACACUGGCGUCCCGAGGGCUCCUCUACCCAUUGCCCAUAUCAAACAUAGCAGCAAGUAAGCCUGGGUCUUUUCACUCUCACAACGUCCAUAUAAUCACGCCACAAACACACACACACACACACACACACACUUGGUUCUUAGUUCGUAGCAUCUCAAUGUCCCAAUGACUUGUAACUAGCUAGUUACCUGUGGUUGUUUUUGUCAUCAGGGCUGACAGUGUGAGCAGCUGGUCCAAGUCAGUCAAAGAAGAACCGGUGAUCGACUACUUCGAUGUCCAGGAUUAAUAAAGAAACAAAAGAAGCAAGCCUCAUGGUGUAACAAUCAUACUAAAUAAAGAAUGCUUCUGCUGCUCGUCGAUUUUCGGGAAAUCUGUGAUGCUAUCUCCCCUCCCUCAUUUAGGUUAUUUAGCUCUUGAAGGCCAACAUGUCACUACAAUACUAUUUU